ACACUACGCCUGUGGCAGCUGGGGGCGCGCAUCCGCCUCGAAAAUAUUGCGCGUUCAAGACGAAAGCGCUGCGGAGUCUGCGCAUUUCGCUUCUUGUCGUCACUCCGAACUUUCGGGAGAACCACGGAGGAGGAAGGAGGGGAGAACCACGCCAUUUUUUCCUGGUUCUGUGCAGUUCUUAAGUCCAGACUGGCAGGCGAGUCAGGACCAGACAAGUCUUGGGAGGGCGGUGAGAUCAGAUUCAGGACGGUACCACGCUGAGUUUUAACCGAAGAAGAGGAGGCGGUGGCACCAUGUCGGCCAAGUGGACUGAAGACGACGAGGAGUUCAGGUUGGAAAGAGUGAGAGGAGGCUUGAGGUCCAAACCGAGGUUCUCCUUCGACGAGGUCAAGCUGCUGCUGGAGGCGGUGAAGAGGAACAGAUACAUCGUCCUCAGGAAGUUUAAUCAUGGUGUGUCGGCUGAAGCCAAGAAGCAGACCUGGGCUGAAAUCACAGAUCAGGUCAACAGUCUGGGAGAGAAUCAAAGAGAGGUGCGUCAGAUCAUGAAGAAAUGGGCCGACCUGAAGUGUGAUGGGAAGCGACGCAUGGCGGCCCUGCGGGGCCCCAACGGCAGCAACGUGAGGAAGAAGAAACUGGGCCCCGUGGAGAGGAUGGUCCAUAAGAUACUGAUGCUGAGUCCUCAGGGAGGUUGUGACAGUGACCUGGAGAUGGCUGACGAUGAGAAUUUUUCCAAGUUUUACGGUAAAGGGCCGCACACCGCCCCGACCCCCUACUCCUACCUCAGCCUGACUGACAUCUCCCAGCCGCUACCAGGAGGAGCCUCCUUCGACAUAUCACCUCUUUCCUCACCAGAAAAAGAACUUGGCGGUGAUCCCGUCCAUUCCUCCUCUGACCUCGACCUGGCUGACGAAGGAGACCGCUCCAUGGACUUUGAGGACACCGAGGACGCCUUGUUCUCCUCGUACCCUUCCUCUGCUCCACCGCCCACCUCCUUGGAUCCGCUGCCCGACAACGCCCUGACCAGAGUCAAGCCGGUCCACACCUACUCCAGGACCAGCCAGGGCCAGAACCCCACCCAGAGCCACGCCCCCUCCUCGCCGCCCUCCUCCUCCCGACCUCCGCCCGGACCAUCCUCCUCUGUGGCUUCCACUUCCUCUGACUUCCCUUCAGUGUCCGAUUCGGAUGCUGCGCCUCCCCCAUCCCAGUCCCCCACCAGCUCCAAAGUGACUGCCUCCUCCACCUCCUCCUCCCUCCCUGCUCCUCCCUCCUCAUUACCUCCCCCUUCCCCUGCGUCCUCCUCUCCGUCUGUCGCAGCCAGUGAUGCUACCUCUCAGCCUGCAGCCUCUUCUACCUCCAUCCCACCUCCACCGCCACCACCGCCACCACCUCCUCCACUUCCUCCUGCUUACUCCAACUCUCGCCAGCCUCCCCCCUACUCCUCGGUCCUCCCACCCAGUCAGCCUCCGCCCACGUCCGAUCCCCUCCCGGCCGGGGCGUCCUCGCGCCGCCAGCCCGACCACGUGGCCCAGAUGGUGUCCCAGAGUCUGCAGCAGCAGCGGGCCAGCAGGAUGCUCCUGACCUCGGUGUCCCAGUCGCUGGAGGUGUUGGCGCAGUCGGUCCAGCUGCUGGUGGAGAGCCAGCAGGAGUUUGUGCAGGAGUCUUUGCUCCUCCAGAGGGAGACGGUGGACAUCCUGAAGGACUUCUCCAACACGGCACUGACUAUGCUGAGGGACAAGGCCAACAGCGGACAGCUGACGUACCACCAUCCUGCUUCAUAUUUCUAAGGAAAAUAGACAGAAAUAAAACUCGUAGUAUUUCAAAAGAGACGGAGAAUAAUCUUCUUGGUAUGAAUCCUAAAAGAGGUGGAACACAUUCGACUCCAGGACUGAAAGAGCUGCUCUACUUUUUCUGAAAAUGUGAUGAGACGUUUUCCCAGAGGCGCCACUAGAGUCCUUCUUUUAUUUUUACUUUGUAAUUCUCAAAUUACUACUAAUUGUUUUUGUCACUGUACUUGACUUUUUAAACGGUGCUGACUGGAGACGGAUGAAGGCUCAGCGGUUCUCAGAAUGAAUGGACUUUGUAAGGAGUGAUGGAGAAAAAACUGUUGGAAUCUCCUCUUGAUGCUUUGCUCAGGAGCAGGAAGAAGGCGCGGGUGUCCUUAUUAUUUGUCUAAUUUAAAGCUAAUUCUCUCUCAUUUGUCUGUGUGAGCUGCUUCCAGUAUGUCCCCUGACUUCCAGUCAAUGCAAAGUUUGUAUCAUAAGCCACAAGAGAUAGAAAUAAAUAAAUAAAGUGGAAUCCAGGAGUUUGUUGCACAUAAACGAUCUGGAAACUACUUUAAAAGUGAA